AUGUUGAAAGGCGAUACUACGGACUCAACUGAAAACACCGCGGUCAUCAAGGACGCCGCGAAAGAUCUGGACGAGAAUUCACCCACGGGUACCAUAAAAAAGAUACCAGCUGUGGAUGUUAACGCCGUGGCAAUGAAAAUCGACAUGCCAGCAAUCGAUCGGAAAAACAUCGAAGGAUGGUUCUUAAGCCUGGAUUACUGGUUCGCAGCAAUGGGCAUCAAGAGUGAUACACAGAAGUACAACAGCGCGAUGGCAGCAUUAGGCCCACGUGUACUGCAAGACUUCCUAGCCACCGUAGGGGAAGUGCCCGAACAAGCACGGUACGAAUUCAUCAAACGCCGAUUGAUCACCUUUUGCACUGACAGCCAGCAACGCCGACUCAACCAAAUGCUGAACGAGACACAACUCGGGGACCAACGCCCAAGCCAACUAUUUGCAGAGAUGAUGAGAUUGGUGGGCGACACCAUGAGCGAAUCUGCAGUAAAAAACAUUUGGGCAAAACGUCUACCCAUCUAUGCUCAGGCCGCUGUAGCCGCUUGCACAGGACCAUCGAAGGAGUAUUUAAAAAUUGCAGAUGCCAUCGUUGAUACAAUUAGUCUACAAGUGAACAGCAGUACGGACGACCAGAGUAGCCACAUAACACCCACACCUACAGCUGUCGUACAAAGGCAGUCAAGGGGAGAAUAUCAUGACCUACGAAACGCCGUAUACGAGCUAACUAAGCGCUUGGACCGCAUGAGCGUCGAACGCGGAAGGCAACGCGAACGAAGCCGUCCGAGUUACCGCCGCCAAUCUCAAAAGCGCCAACGAAGCAGCACACCAGCAAACACCGACGAAUGCUGGUACCAUCGUAAGUUCGGCUCAAGUAGCAAAAACUGCAGACCACCGUGCAGGCAUUACAAGCCUAGUAACAAUGAUAAUAGUGCUAAAUGA